AUGCACGCCCGAGGCCAAAGCAGAUCAGGGAUCCGAUCUCCAAAGGUGUGGCAGUGGUUACAACUCCGUCAAGCGAUCCCAAAUGACGAUAGCGUUGUGCUAGCGCUCCGUACUGCUUGUCGACGCGACGGCCAAAGGUCGAUAUCCAUUCUUGCGUGCGUUGAUCAGAGCAUCGGUGGCGAGAAACGCGUCUCUGGUCUGGAGAGUCGGGUAGGGUAG